ACACAACACAAGCAUUGAUACAUUGUUAUUGCUUGAGGAAAAUUAAUGGCUAGCUGCUUUCCAUUUAGCAAAAGCAAGAGCUGCUUCCUAGCCUUCAAAUUUAACCCAAAGGACAUAGAAGGCGAAGUCCGAAACAUUCUCUUGGUAGUUGCCACUCUAAUUGCUGCAGUCACUUUUCAAGCUGGGGUUAACCCUCCUGGUGGUGUUUGGCAAGAUACUAUGAGAGGGAAUAUCAAUUCAUGUCUUCGAAAUCUUGUUCGAGGGAAUUGGUCAGACGGCCCAGACCCUUCAUGUGAUGAACAUGAAGCAGGGACGGCCAUUUAUGCGUCUCGAGAAGCCGACUUCUAUGUUUUCUUGAUCUGUAACACUGUGGCACUUUCCACUUCGGUUCUUGUCAUUAUGUCUCUCACAUAUAACCUCCCUUUCCAGUUAGAAGUAUUGAUUGCCACAGCUUCAAUGCUUGCAACUUACGCAUCGGCCAUAUUUGCUGUCACGCCAGCUGAUUAUUCUUAUAGAUUUCGGUUCAUCCUCAUAGCAGCCGCUUUGCCUUUUGUGCUACGAGUUUUGAUUUAUAUGUCCAAAGCAUAUGCAGAUCAAGAACAAGAGAUUAAAAAUUCAGAACAAGAGAAUCUGUGUGACAAAUGUAGAAGUGGGAAUUUCUGCAUAAAAUGUAGAGAGGAGAUUCCCAAAAAUUCAGGAAGCGUCUAAGUUUGAAUUUCCAUCAGUUGUAUCAAAAAUAAAGUUCAGAAGACGUCUAGCAUGUUCCGAUUCUGUAUUAUUAUGCCAUAAAACUGUCGUGGGACAGCUGCUAUAUCUAUUUACAAAUUUGCAUGGGUCUGUUUGAUUUUGCUUUUU